AUGUCUCACGAAACCGACGAGGCGCGCUCUGUGCCUGGAAGCCUCGGAGAUGCUGAAGCCCCUACGAAGCAGUCCUAUCGAUCGUACAAGAAGAAAUUUGCCAAACUCAAGAUACAAUUUGAGUUGCGAAUGCGGGAAAGUGAAUCGCUUAUCCGCGAGCAAUUGCGCAUCGAGGACCUGUCAAAGCGGAUCCAAGAGCAGAACGAUCAGUUACUCGAGGUUCUUCUGGAAUUCAACGACGCGGUACAUAUUCCGCCCAAGCUUCGAUACGACUUAAGUGCCCCAGGCGACGAAGCCAUUCUUCCGACCCCUGAUAGAGAGCUUUCUCCAUCCUACAACGAUCCCGUAUUGGCCGCAUCGGUACUUCGGAAUGCGAAGGAUGAGCUAACAGCCGGGCAUAUAACCGCCGAGUCUUAUCAGAAGUUGGAGGAUGGUGUCAAACGAGGCAGGGCCUUUGCACCUCGAUUGGGGUACGCCGACUUGAUAAAGGUGCCUCAUUCCCUGCCUCCACCUGAGAGUCAGGAUCCUGCUGGCAAUCCCACCUUGGGAUAUCAUUUUGGGUUCCUCACACCAGAGCACGAAACAGAGUAUUGCCUCGCCACGGAUGCCAAACUAGGCGAUAUGUCGGCCGCCAUUCAGUUGGCUCGUGCUCCAGAGAAGCCGACCUUGAUGGAAAGAGAACGAGAGCUCCUUCUCCGAAGCUCUGUUUCGGUCCACAAUUGGCUACGCAAGAACCAGCCCAACGUCUUCUUGCAAGACAAUGAGAAUGCGUCUGAAAAGUCGGGAGCUCGGCCCUCGAACUUGCGCACCUCGAAAAGAUCUGCACCCGCCUCACGAAAGGAUGAGGAUACUCACGACGAGGACAGUGUUAUGGCCGACUCCGCACCCACUUCUGGAGGCUCCAAGUCCAAGCGCAAGCGCGAUGAAGAGACCACUCCCCGGGCCAAGGCCAGUAAUAGCCGCUCAACCCGGAAAAAGAAGGAAGACGGCCUGUCUAGUGGCAAACGGCCUUCGAAGAGAUCGUCUGGUACAAGCGCAUGA